AUGCCUUUUGUUCCUGGUCUUGAUAAAGGCAAAGGAAUGUACUUUCUGUUCAUCAAAUCCGAAUCCAAAACACCAGGUGGUCUCCCUGCUCGUCCUGUCUUAACCAGUUACUACAAAUCCUCUCACUUCAAAAACAGACCCUUUGAUCCUUACACCAACUACACAAGCCCAAACCAAACCAUCCUUUGUCCUGACUCUUACCAGAGCAUGUACUCUCAAAUUCUCUGUGGUCUAUGCCAACACAAAGAGGUUCUUCGUGUUGGUGCUGUCUUUGCCUCUGGUUUCAUCAGAGCCAUCAAAUUUCUUGAGAAACAUUGGCCUGACCUAGCCCGUGACAUUAGAACCGGUACUCUCAGUUCUGAGAUAACAGACCCUUCGGUUCGUGAGGCGGUCGGUGAGAUUCUUAAACCGGAUCCGAAACUUGCGGAUUUCGUCGAGUCCGAAUGCAGGAAGACCUCUUGGCAAGGGAUCAUCACUAGACUUUGGCCAAACACCAAGUAUGUGGAUGUGAUUGUGACUGGGACAAUGUCACAGUAUAUUCCUACUUUGGAUUAUUACAGCAAUGGUUUGCCUCUUGUAUGCACGAUGUAUGCUUCUUCGGAGUGCUACUUCGGUGUGAAUCUCAGGCCGCUUUGCCAACCAAGUGAGGUCUCUUACACUCUCAUACCAACCAUGGCCUAUUUCGAGUUCUUGCCUGUUCAUAGAAAUAGUGGAGUCACUAGCUCAAUCAAUCUUCGAAAAGCACUCACUGAGAAAGAACAACAAGAGCUUGUUGAUCUCGUUGAUGUCAAGCUUGGUCAGGAGUAUGAGCUUGUCGUCACCACCUAUGCCGUGAAAAAUGCGGUAACACACCUUGUUCCGUUUGAUGCCUCACUCUCCGAGUACACUAGCUAUGCAGACACAUCAUCUAUCCCGGGACACUAUGUCUUGUUCUGGGAGCUCUGCUUGAACGGUAACACACCGAUUCCUCCAUCGGUCUUCGAGGAUUGCUGUUUCACCAUAGAGGAAUCACUUAACAGUGUGUAUAGACAAGGAAGGGCCAGUGACAAGUCCAUUGGACCGUUGGAGAUCAAGCUAGUGGAGUCAGGGACUUUCGAUAAGCUCAUGGAUUACGCGAUAAGCCUUGGGGCAUCAAUCAAUCAGUACAAGACACCAAGGUGUGUGAAGUUUGCUCCGAUCAUCGAGCUUCUAAACUCUAGGGUUGUUAAGAGUUACUUCAGCCCCAAGUGUCCAAAAUGGGUCCCUGGUCACAAGCAAUGGGGAAGUAACUAA